GUAAAUACUUCCCCAACAUUGAGUUCCCAUUAUGCUGAGCUCUAAACUACCUGGUUUUGUUUCUGUUUUAUUUUUAGGCAACCAAAAGAAUAUGGGAUGGCAGUAAUUAGAAAAAAAAAUGCAGUUUGGAAUGGGAAAUUGAAACAUAGAUACAGCAAAGUGCAGAGGGAAGUUAGAGGGUUUUGGCAGAAGAGACUUGGGAAUGAACAUGGGAGCUGAAGGAAAGAAGCCUAUGUGAGCUGGUGCCCUGGUGCUGGCUCAGAGAGUGUGAGGCAGCAACACCAGGUCCCAGAAACGGACCAGCUUUGGAUGCACCUCAGUCACCUCUGCCAAAGUGGCCGUGAAUGGCGUUCACCUGCGUUACCAGCAGACAGGAGAGGGAGAGCAUGCGGUCCUGCUACUUCCUGGGAUGUUGGGUCUGGACAUUUUUUAAUAGCUCUUACGUGCUGUAUCAUCUAUGAUGCAUUCAAAAUACUAGGAAGUGGAGAGACUGAUUUUGGACCCCAGCUCCAAAGCCUGAGUAAGAAGCUCUUCACAGUGGUCGCCUGGGAUCCCCGAGGAUAUGGACAUUCCAGACCCCCAGAUCGAGAUUUCCCAGUGGACUUUUUUGAAAGGGAUGCAAAAGAUGCUGUUGAUUUGAUGAAGACACUGAAGUUUAAGAAGGUCUCUCUGCUGGGGUGGAGUGAUGGCGGCAUAACCGCACUCAUUGCUGCUGCAAAAUAUCCCGCUUACAUCCACAAGAUGGUGAUCUGGGGCGCCAACGCCUACGUCACUGCUGAGGACAGCGUGAUUUAUGAGGGCAUCCGAGAUGUUUCUAAAUGGAGUGAGAGAACAAGAAAGCCUCUAGAAGCCCUAUAUGGGUAUGACUACUUUGCCAGAACCUGUGAGAAGUGGGUGGAUGGCAUAGGACAGUUUAAACAUCAACCAGAUGGUAAUAUCUGCCGGCACUUGCUGCCCCUGGUCCAGUGCCCCACCUUGAUUGUGCACGGGGAGAAGGAUCCUCUGGUCCCACGAUUUCAUGCCGACUUCAUACAUGAGCACGUGAAAGGGUCGCGGUUGCAUCUGAUGCCAGAAGGCAAACACAACCUGCAUUUGCGUUUUGCAAGUGAAUUCAACAAGUUAGCUGAAGACUUCCUACAAUGAAUAUGUCCCUGAGAACAUUUGAUUCUUGGUGGCUCUUUACUUGGGCUUUGAUCAUGUAGCUGCCAGUUAUUCAGAAGCCUUUGAAACCCCCCACUGAGUCACACAACAGGUCUCCCACCUUCUCAGGCUUCCUAUCCCUCUCUUCAAUAUGACUUAAUCAAACAGGAAUAAUGACACCUUGAAAAUAGCCUUUAUUUUCAAUAGCUACAAAAAUUAAAUCUGAUUUUUUAACAUUUA